GGCAGGGCAGGGUAGGGUACGGUACGGUACGGUACGGUACCGUACCAGCAUCCGCCGGGCUUUAUGGACCGGGAUGGGUAAGGCAUCAGGAGCGCAGUCCGGUCCCGUUUCCCUUCGCAGCUGCCGCAGGGAACCACGCUGCUCUCACUGCCGACCCGGAUAGCCCUAAGGAUGCUGCGGCGGCAACGGAAGCGAAAGGCCUCAGCCCCGGAGGAGAUUCCACGCGUGUCUCGGAAGAGGACGGAGCAAGAGGAGGAGCUGCAUGAAGCCCGGCGGAGGGCGGCCCCCUCCGUGCGAGAGUUCAAGUUCAACAAAAAGCGGGUGCGCCUCAUCUCGCAGGCCUCGGAUCUGAAGGAUGGUGGUCGGUGCAUCCUCUACUGGAUGUCUCGGGACCAGCGGCUGCAAGAUAACUGGGCUUUCCUCUAUGCCCAGCGCCUGGCCCUCAAACAGGAGCUUCCUCUGUGUGUCUGCUUCUGCCUGGUGCCCAAAUUCCUGGAGGCUACCAUCCGCCACUAUGGUUUUAUGCUAAGGGGUCUGCAAGAGGUGGCUGAGGAGUGUGCAGAAUUGAACAUUGCCUUCCACUUGCUGCGGGGCUACGCCAAGGACGUGCUGCCUGCGUUCGUGGAGGAGCAUGGUGUUGGUGGGCUGGUGACGGACUUCAGCCCCCUCCGCCUCCCCUGGCAGUGGGUGCAGGACGUCAGGGAGUGGUUGCCAGAGGAUGUGCCAUUUGCACAGGUUGAUGCUCACAACAUUGUGCCCUGCUGGGUUGCCUCCCCCAAACAGGAGUACAGUGCCUAUACCAUUCGGAGGAAGAUCCAGGCUCAGCUCCCUGAGUUCCUCACGGAGUUCCCCCCUGUUGUUCGUCACCCAUAUUCCCCCUCCUGCCCAGCAGAGCCUAUUGCUUGGGAGGCCUGUUAUUCCAGCUUGGAGGUGGACCGUACAGUGAAGGAGGUGGAGUGGGCGACCCCUGGGACGGCUGCGGGGCUGGCUGUGCUGCAGUCCUUCAUCAGAGAGCGACUGAAAUACUUCGGCUCCCACCGGAAUGACCCCAACAAGGCAGCGCUCAGCAACCUGUCCCCAUGGUUCCACUUUGGCCAGGUUUCCACCCAGCGAGCCAUCCUGGAGGUGCAGAAGCACCAGCACAAGUACAAGGAGUCAGUAGAUAUGUUUGUGGAGGAGGCCAUUGUGCGGCGAGAGCUGGCUGAGAACUUUUGCUACUACAAUGAGAACUAUGACAGCGUGCAAGGUGCCUAUCCAUGGGCACAAACCACCCUGAAGCUCCACGCCAAAGAUGAGAGGCCUUUUCUCUACAAGCUGCAGGAGCUGGAGCAGGGGACCACACAUGACCCGCUCUGGAAUGCUGCCCAACUCCAAAUGGUCCGGGAGGGCAAGAUGCAUGGCUUCCUGCGGAUGUACUGGGCCAAGAAGAUCCUGGAAUGGACCCACUCCCCAGAGGAGGCCCUGCAGUUCGCCAUUUACCUCAACGACCGCUAUGAGCUGGAUGGGAGAGACCCCAAUGGCUAUGUAGGCUGCCUCUGGUCCAUCUGCGGCAUACAUGACCACGGCUGGACAGAGCGUGCUGUCUUCGGGAAGAUCCGCUACAUGAACUACGCCGGCUGUAAGCGCAAGUUUGACGUGCGGCAGUUCGAGCGCCGCUAUGCCCCCUGCACACUCUCCCAGUGACAGGCACAGGCUCACACCUUACACCGCAGCCAGGGAGCACCAUGAAUGCUGUUGGAAGGCUCACUGUGAUGGUGGGAAGCCCUGGGGUUUCACAGGUCUCUCACCCCCUGCUUGAGCUGCUGGAGCCCCAUGGGGCUCUCCAGGGCCCUCCUGCUGACACAUCCUCAGUGUGUCUGUGCCUGGCCAAAACCUCUUCUAGAACCACUGUGCUUGGGUGCAAGCCAAGUCGCUGUUGCUGCUGCUAGUCACAGCUUAGAUUGAGGCUGAGCAGGGCUUUUCUGGGGAAAAGCUCCUAGAAAGCGGCUCCUCCUGGUGUGCUGCAAGGCAGGGAAGCCUUGCUUUGCUCCAUGGAGAGCCAGUGCUAUGCUUGUACAAGCAUCUGUCAACAGUUGUUUGAAAGUUUACAGUUUGUAUCUA